GUGAAAUAUUCCGUCGUGUUAGAACCAGACAGACGGGUUUCCCGCGGUGGUUCGGGUCCGCCAUGUCCUCUCGGGACCUCAUAUUCGGAACAAAACCCAUAUACUCUCGUUCUCGCACCAAAUUUCCUACUUGCAAUUUCAUCUCAUCAUGUCUCGCAUACUCGUGUUUGGAUCCGGCAGUGUCGGGGUACUCUACAGCUUUUUUCUGCAUGAGGCCGGGGCAGAAGUCACCUGUGUUUGCAGAUCUAAUUACAACGUCGCACGACUCCAUGGCUUCACCAUCAAAUCGACCAUUUUCGGAGAACACACUUUCAAGCCUGCGAUUGUAAGCUCCGUGGAGGAGGCUCUGUCUCUAUACGAUCAACCAUUCGACUUUGUUCUUGUGUGCACGAAAGCAACAUCCACGACCCAAUCUUCCGUAGCCGCAGCUUUACUUCCUGCUUUGGCGUCUCAUAAGACCUCUUUGGUGAUCAUUCAAAACGGUCUGGGCGUGGAAAAAGAAUUCGCAAAGCUCUCCGUUCCUGGUGCCAUCAUCUCUGCAGUCACCUAUUCUCCAACAUCGCAGAUCGCGACUGGCGUUUUCUCGCACACUGAAACGCAAAAACUUCACAUCGGAUGCUAUCCCGCAGUCGAUCACCUGAAAGACCAAGACAAACUCGACUCUCUGGCCAACUUGCUCAAGACUGGAGGGUCGAAUGUGACAAUCUGCGAGGACAUCCAGGUUGAGAGAUGGAAAAAGCUUAUCGGAAAUACAACUUGGAAUCCUAUUUGUGCUCUCUCGAGGUGUCGGGACUUGGAGUUCUUGAAUUCUUCGUCGCUCGCCACCGAAUUCGUGCGCUGUGCAAUGGAAGAGGUAGCGGCUGUGGCUGCAGCAUCUGGUUACACAGCUGUGAUCACUAAGGAUGCAAUCGACGCGCAGCUAUUGAGAAGUGCGGGAAGAGAAUGGCCGGGUGUGGAGCCAAGCAUGAUGGCUGACAUGCAUGCGAGUAACAAGCUAGAAGUGAAAGCGAUCAUUGGGGAAGUCGUCUCUACUGCUCGAGCUCUGGACGUAGAUACCCCUCGGCUGGAAACGAUGUACGUUCUGCUAUCAGGGCUUGACUGGUCGUUGCAAGCGCAGAAGAAGAUGAAUGAUAAAUAUAGUGUGUAGUAAUCAUUCAGUACUUCCAGUAGAGCUAAGCUAUCGAUCG